GCUAAGGUGACGCAAGCUACGGCGACGCCAGCAAAGGCGACGCCUGCGAAACCUGCUGGGAAGGAUGGUGCAGCAAAGGCUGCUGCUGUUGCGAAAGCUGCUGUGGUUUAGGUCGGUGCUGGGAUGAGUGCAGCUGUGAAGACUGCACCUACUGCAGGGGUGACGGCUGAACCGAGCAGCAGUGGGAAGGCAGCAGCCAAGGGUGUGGUGAGUGCAGUGGCAAAAAAUGCGUCUGGAAUUCCCAAGCCGGCGCCUGGGAUUCCUAAGCCUGCGGCUGGAAUACCCAAGCGUGCGUCUGCGAUUCCCAAGCCUGCGUCUGGACAUCCCAAGCCUGCUUCGGGAAUUCCCAAGCCUGCGUCAAGAUUAGCAGCAGCAGCUGUGGCAGUCUAGUGAAGGUGCAAAGCAUCAGGCGGAUCCAGUGCCUCAGCAGUCGGUCAUGGAGGGUGGAAGGUCAUUUGAAGCGGUUAGAUGGGCAUGGGGCUUGUUUGGUGGGGGCUAGUGGCAGGUGAAUGGAGGGUCGUACCCCUUUUUCCACCCUGCUCGCAGGGUGUUGUGGGAGAGAUGGGAGGAGAGGCGGAAGAAUGUGGACUGCUGGAGUGUGGUCAAUGG